UCCAAACAGCCGAUGCCUCUUGUCUUCGCUGGCCGUUCAGCCAUGAGACUCCGCGGACUUCUCUUCCUGCUCCUCUUCAUGCCCCUCUUAUCACCAGUAAGAAGUGGUUUGCCUUCUGCCGAAAACCAUUGUUUAAAUCUAUCUGGCAUUUGCAGAAGAGACAUCUGCAAGUUAACAGAGGACCAGAUUGGAAUCUGCAAAAGAAGGUGGAGAUGCUGCAGAGCGUGGUGGAUCCUUAUACCAAUCCCCACCCCGCUCAUCUACUCAGAUUAUCAAGCACCCCCUAAGCACAAGUUGAAAUGAAAGUAGGGAGAGCAUCAAAAGGAAAGUUCUUUGCAUCCAAAGUCACUGGAAUGUAUAUGGCAAACACUAAAA